AUGAGCACUACUCAUCAUUCCUUACACUCCUCUGGGGCUAGUGCUCCUCAUUCUACGAUUAGUUAUUUUCGCCCAUGCAUUUUUGGCAUCGUUGGUGCUAUCACAAUUCGAUUUUUCCGGAGGUUUGUAUUGCGCUCAAUGUGUACUGUGCUGGGGUUUGUAGUAUCUAUAGAUUCCGAUCUUCGCACUGAUCAUAAUACUUGCAUGCCUCUAGUAUCCAAUCAUGUUACAUUGUUUGACCACUUGAUGAUGUGUCUUUCAGAAGACUGCAUAACGCCGAAUACACAUGUUUUUCAUUGGAAAUCAAUUUCUCAGAGCAAAGAAAAAGCGUAUUCCGUUUCUGAAUUUAUUUUUCGUUGUGCACGAGACAAUCAUCAACCUGUACAUCUUCUUCCUGAGAGAUCACCUACUGGUUUUACCGAUUGCCUUUUCAAGUUUGAUCACAAUAUGUUUACUUCUAUAGAUAGAGUUCAACCAGUAGCACUUAAAGUACAUCGAAUCUUUCCCAUCAAACUAGUAGCACAUCCUAUUUCUAGGACGACGGAAUUGUUAUGGCAGUUAUUCACACCGUCACAUAUUACCAUAUCAAACUUCUGUGAAAGAGUUCGUUCUGCCAUUGGCAGAUCUCUUGGCGCCACUCUCAGUCCAAUGAGCGCUGAGCAUUUGGUUGAUUAUUCUGGAACAGAAUCACAAAUUUCAUCUAUAUCUUUUGCAAAUUUGCGAUCUUCUGCGGUGUCAAGUCAGUCUGUAACACCACGAAGUUCAUCCUUGUCAAGAAAGCAUUCUACAAGUUCAUCAACGGAUACUUUCGUCUCUUCAAACCUGUUGACAUCAGAUGGAAUCCGUUUUCGUCAAACUGUUCAACUAAAUCAUGAAGUUCGUGGAACUUUAUCUGAUUUCGCUUUUGAACAUUUAGUGCCUCGAAUAAAUGAGAUUCUCAGUGAUAUACCUGUCAAUCGAAUUCGUGAAGCCCUUGUGAAUACUCAUGGUGAUGUGGAAUCAGCUAUCAGUUUACUUUUGGAGAACUCGAAUGAAUCAAGCUCACAACAAGAUGUACAUCACUUCACAGAGAAUAAGUCUAUUCUAUCUCCAAGUAGACUGAACGUUGCAGCUUCACAGUUUCUGCCAAACUCUAAUGGUCGUCAAUUAAGUCUAAGUGAACGUCGUGAAGCUCUUCUUUCUCAUGCACGUCAGCUAUUUCUUACACGCCAACAACAAUCCGCAUAA